AGUGAGUGAUUUAACGCUGCUUUGAACAGUAUGUCAGUUAUGAUGGGUCACCUUAAUGUGGGAGGAAAGUGACGGAGGUCUCAGAUUCUAACUAGUACUAUUCACAUUCUGGACAACGGAGAAAAGCUAAUCUGCGCAUUGAAUUGCCGGGCCUUAGCCAACUCACAUCAGUUUUGACCAUGGAAUAGACUAGAGAAAUUCAACAUAAAUAUACGUGAUUUGCACAAAACCAAGAUCCCUUCAUUUGUAUUAACACCAGAUAGAAGAAAGGAACGUUCGACGAUUGAGGAGGAAGACAUGGAUGUCAAUGGCAAGACUGUAUUUGUUACCGGCGGGGCCCAGGGAGUGGGCCGAUCUCUAGUCGAGGCUGUGCUACAGAAAGGAGCAAAGGUGUGCAUAGCAGAUUUUAAUGCAACACAAGGGAAGUCAACUUUAACUGAACUUCAAGAGAAAUGGGGAAAAGAAAACGUUAUCUUUGAGGCAUGUGAUGUCUCGGAUUCUAAAUCCUUUGAAAGUAGCUUUCAAAAAGCUGUCAGUCACUUUGGAAGGAUAGAUGUGCUAGUCAACAACGCUGGAAUAGUCAGUGAGAAAGAUUGGGAGAAAUGUAUCAACGUCAAUUUUAUGGGAGUAGUCAGAGGAACUAUGCUGGCCUUAGAGCACAUGCGGACAGAUCGGGGGGGCCACGGCGGCGUCAUUAUCAACACAUCCUCCACGGCAGGACUUGCUCCUGGAUUUUGGGUACCCGUGUAUGCUGGCACCAAGAGCGCCGUUGUGAACUUCACAUGCAGCUGGGCGGCUAAUCCCGAUAUAACAAAUGCAGGUGUUCGCCUGGCAACUGUGUGCCCCUCCGGAACAUCUACAGCUAUGAUAAAUGAGGCUAGGGAGGAUCAGAUGUAUCACAAGGAAAGCUUCGUACAGGUUCUGAAGAAACAUGGUUUAUGCGACAUGGAACAUGUCACAGGCGCUUUUAUGAAGGCUAUCGAGGAAGACUCCAGCAACGGUGUGAUAUUCAUGGUAACAGCAUCAGGAGGAAUUCAGGCCGUUAAAACAUCAUUUAACGUUAUCAUCGUGGAUAGCCAGUGAACACGAACAUAUGUGAAUCGCCAUGAUGAAAGACAAAUGCGUCCUCGGAUUUGUGAUGAUUAGAGAAGAGUGAACCCUGAAAAAACUGAAAAAUUCAAGAUCCCACAUGAACGAUUUUGUUCCUCGUCUUUCGUUCACGUUUAUAUAACAACUUAUCAUUACAUACACGUCCUGUGUGUUAAAACUAUGUUUAUAAUAACACCUUGACUAAUGCACUUGACAGAUAACAAAUAGCGCCGCGCUGAGGAUCGAACUCACGUAGCCAAUUUGUUAGGCAACACCUCACCAUGGACCAAGGGCGCUAUCACAAAUUUAGUGUUCGGUUUUUUUAAAGAAAAGAACCCAUUUUGUCUGCGAAACUCGAAACGUCAUGUAAAAUACCCAUUGUCCUCACAUUUCUUUGGAUUAUUUCGUUGAAUACCUAACCCAUACACUAACUCAGAACUUACGCUGAGGAUCGUAACGGGGUGUUUAACUGGCACAUGUUCCCUACCCUAAGUAUCGUGAAGGAGUUCCUAACCCUAAUGAUCGUAACCGGGGGCUUCAUCGAAAAUGGGCUUCAUCGAAAAGGGGAUCCAAGGGCUUGGGAUAGAGUGGGCGGUAGCCUACAAAAACCCUUACACAACUAACCCUAAAUAUCGAAGUGGCACGUUUGGUCUGUGAGAGCCACAGCUGCGCCCGGUAAACUGCAAUGUUGCCGUAAUAUCAGUUAUGUUUACCUUCAUGAUAGUUAUCACAGUUGCAGUAAUAUAUUUUGUUUGUAUGUUUGUUGUUUAACGCCGCGCACAGUAAUAUCCCAGCUAUAUAAGGGCGGUCUGUAAAUAAUCGAGUUUGGACAAGACAAUCCAAUUAUUGAUAUCAUGAACA